AUGCCUCCCACCCGCACGCAACGUGGCCAUGGCCGCCGGUCUUCCGGCCAGUUAUCGAUGACGGCGCUCGACGACGAAUAUCUGCCAUUCCGCUACUUUUCGGACUCGGACUCGGACAUCACCAGCUCGCCGUCUUCGCCUACCUUCUCAUCCUCAUCGGCGUCGUACAACUUCACGCUUCCCAUCACCGAUGAUGUCAGGAACAUCAUCUCGUGCUCGCCCGCCGCCAUGAAGUACUGCAGGUCGGAGGUCGUGCCCGCCUUUCCGCUCCGCAAGACGUCCUCGCACUCCGCCAAGCGCGACUCGAACCAUAUCCCUCGCCCGCCCAAUGCAUUCUUCCUCUUCCGCUCCCAUCACGCUGCCAACGACCCGCACGUCGAGAAGAAGAACAACAUCCUGAGCCAGCAGGCCGGUCGGAUCUGGCGCAGUCUCCCCUCGUACCAGAAGGAGCCCUUCGAGUACGCGGCAAAGAUCGUUCAUGAGCGCCACGCCAUCAAGUAUCCUGCGUACAAGUACACGCCCUCGACGGAGAGGAAGCAGAAGAAGGCGGCGUCCGGCUCCAAGGCCAAGAAGGGCUCGAAGAAGCGCCGUUCGAGCAAGCCUCUCGUCGCCGUGACCGCUUCUCCGUCUCCGACCCCUUCGCUCGACGCGCCCUUCUUCAAGCUCGAGAUGCCCACUCCGACGCUCGCCAUGCCUUCCCCCUCGCAGCUCUUCACGUUUGACGUCUCGCCGACUCAGAGCUCUGUCCCUGAGGCCGAGUUUGUUGUGCCCGAGUUCUCGUUCACGGCCACGAACCAGAUCUCUCCCAUGAUGCUCCCUGCGCCUCUCAUCGACGAUCUCACUCACAAGUUCUCCGCCUGCAAGGUCGUCGAGCCUCACGAGAUGGCCGCCGACGAGCGCUUCCUGAUCGCCCCCGACUACACCGGCGAGCUGCCUCCCGCCAUGUAUGACGCGCCCGCUAACAUGACUGAGUUCCUGGACACGUUCCCUCCGAUGCACGAGCCGACUAUCAACUACACUAACUACUCUUCUCCUGAGUCGACUCCGCCGCCCUUCGACCCUUCGGCUCCCGGCUGGGGAUACUCUUUCGAGUCAACCGCCGACGACCUAUUCAACCAGUUCAUCAACACCGAUGCUUUCUGA